AUGUCCGGUGCAUCGACACCAACCUCACCGACUUCCCCCUCUCCCGACCGCCCCCGUCGAAGCUUCACCCUCCCGGACUUUCCAACCCCAAGAGCGACAACCCCUCUUCUCCCUUCCCUCCUCCACUCUCCAUCCCUCAUAUCCCUCCGACAACCCUCAACCUUAUCGCUAGACACUAAUAUCUCCAACCUCGACCAUGUACACCCACACGAUCCCCUCCGUCGAGCCUCAAUGGCGAUGACAUCAGAAUCCCUACGAUCCCAACGACUAGUAGGAACUAAUAACCGACGGUACCAAUGGGAGAGGUAUAGAACUUCUGUUGAAGAUCUAGCAAAGAUUAGGAAUAAGAAGGUUAGGGGGUAUUAUGAGAAUGUGAAUAGACAGAUUGAUAGGUAUAUUUGGGUUGAUCAAUUGUUGGAUUCGGCGUUGGUGCCGAGAUUGGUGGGGGCUUAUGGAGGUAGGAGGGAGGGGACUAUUGUGGAGGAAGAGGAAGGGGAAGGGGGCAGUGGUGGAAGUGGGAGUGGUAGUGCAGUACCGAAGACGCCGUUGAGGAGACGGCCGAGUUUUGUGAGGAAGAUGGCGGAUGAGGAGACGCCGCUUUUGCAGGGGGGCGGAGAGGGGGAGGGGGAUGAGAGGAUUGUGAAGGUGGCGAUAUAUGUCAAUCUGACGGCGAAUACGAUACUACUUGCCGGUAAAAUUGCGGUUACACUGUUAACUAGCUCGCUGUCAGUGCUUGCUAGUUUGGUCGACUCGGCCUUGGAUUUCCUCUCCACCGCCAUAAUCGGCCUAACAACCUACCUCAUAUCUCGACGAGACUCCCACCGCUAUCCCAUCGGUCGUCGACGUCUAGAACCCAUCGGAGUCCUAGUUUUCGCCAUAAUAAUGAUAGUAUCAUUCAUCCAAGUCGCCGUCGAAGCCGUUCAACGACUCUUAAGCCCCGACCACAGUAUCAUACAACUCUCAAACUCAGCUAUAACCAUCAUGUCAGUCACCGUAGGAAUAAAGGGGGCAUGCUACCUCUGGUGUCGAAUGGUCAAAUCGUCCAGCGUUCAGGCGUUAGCACAAGACGCACUUACAGAUGUUUAUUUCAAUACAUUUUCGAUAUUUUUCCCGUUAUUGGGGUAUGCGACUGGACAAUGGUGGUUAGAUUCCCUCGGUGGGUUGCUAUUAUCCCUAUACGUUGUUUUCAGUUGGUCGAAAACUUCAUUGGAACAUAUAGAUCAUUUGACGGGGAGUGCUGCGCCCUCAGAAGAUAGAAAUUUGGUAUUGUAUGUUUGUAUGAGGUUUGCUAGGUGUAUUAGGAAGAUUACGGGGGUACAGGCAUACUAUAGUGGAGAUAAGAUUAACGUUGAGGUUGAAGUGGUGUUUGAUGAGGAUUUGAGUCUGAAGGAUAGUCAUGAUGUUGCUGAAGCGCUUGGUUGGACGGUGGAGAGUUUACCGUUUGUGGAGAGGUGUUUUGUGCAUACGGAUUAUAGUGGAGAGAAUCCGACGACGCAUUUGGAGAGGUGA